CCGCCGUGCCUGGAGAUCUGAGAGAGCAGCCGCCGCCAAUGACAGCAUCACCGCGACCGUUUGAGGCGAUAAAGACAUGCUCGACAGGUUUAUUUCUCUAGCAGGCUAUUCGUCAGUGGUUAAUAAUGUGUGAAGGCUCAGCUACAAGCCAGGAAUGAAGACGCGCCAGACGCAUCUACUCACUGACUGGGCAUAGCGUUUUGAAAACGAACCUGAGCUUCGGCCGACUGGACAAACCCGACAACAACCGAAUACAUCCGAGACUGGCGUUUUAUUCUCCGAGGCACUGUUUUGGCGAUAUUUCGUACAUUUUAAUUUAGCCUUAAUGACAGACACGUUGUCAGUCUAGUGCGCUUGAUGCCGUGCAUGCAAAACCUGAGUGAACUUAACAGGUAAACACAGUUUUACUUCGUUCUUGUGCUUAUUGUUGUUUUACUUUUGACAUUAUUUUGCAUGAUGUAGCUAUUUUGCGCAUUUGUUUCGUCGUUUGAUUGAAUAUUUUUAUGAACUAAUAAUGGUGCUAGAUGAGGCUUAUGGAGAAAUCACAGGCUGGAUGGCGCUCCGCAUCCGCGCGCUGUCAUCUCCACACCGGGUAAAGUGAACGUCUCCUCGGAGAAGGGCUUCGAAACCUGUUCGCGUCAGACUGCACUGAAACUUUAAGGAUACACGAUGUCUAAAACGCUCAAGAGGAAGAAACACUGGUCCACCAAGGUGCAGGAGUGCGCCGUGUCGUGGGGAAGCGUCGGGGAGUUCGGGGAUGUUGUGGAGAUCCUCGGAGGCGCCGAGCUCGGGGAGUUUCCGUUCCUCGGUCAGAUGAACUUGGACGUGCUGGUGUGUCACGUUGGGAGACUACCAUACUACGGGGAUGUGUUAUUGGAAGUGAACGGGACACCUGUCAGCGGGCUGACGAACCGAGACACGCACGCGGUGAUCCGCCACUUUCGGGAGCCGAUUCGAAUUAAGACCGUCAAACCAGGGAAAGUGCUGAACUCUGAUUUGAGGCAUUAUCUCAGCCUGCAGUUCCAAAAAGGAUCAAUCGACCACAAACUGCAGCAAGUGAUCCGAGACAACCUGUACCUGCGCACCAUUCCAUGUACCACUCGGUUGCCCAGAGAUGGGGAGGUUCCAGGAGUGGACUAUAAUUUCAUCAGCGUGGGGGAUUUUCGCAUCCUGGAGGAGAGUGGAUUACUGCUGGAGAGUGGGACAUAUGAUGGUAAUUUCUAUGGGACUCCCAAACCUCCUGCUGAGCCCACCUUGGUUCAGCCGGAUCUGGUGGACCAGGUUCUGUUUGAGGAGGAUUUUGGCCCUGAAGUUCAAAGAAAGCGAACCACAUCAGUCAGCAAGAUGGACCGGAAAGACAGUGUGGUCCCUGAGGAGGAAGAGGAUGAGGAACGGCCACAACUUCCAAAUGGCAUCCCAGAGCGGACAGAGGAGUGGAGGAAAGCAGUGCCCAGUUACACUCAGUCCAGUGGUGCAGGAGGCAGCGGGACACUGGAGAUCCGCACCUGGAGCUCUUUACCCAGAGACGACAGCCUGGAGCCCCUGCCCUACAACUGGGAAAUGGCCUAUACAGAGACGGGCAUGGUCUACUUUAUUGACCACAACACGAAGUCAACAACGUGGUUGGAUCCUCGUCUGGUGAAAAAAGCCAAGCCUCCCGAAAAGUGUGAAGAUGGAGAGCUUCCAUACGGAUGGGAGGAGAUUGAUGACCCGCAGUACGGCACAUAUUAUGUAGAUCAUAUUAACCAGAGAACCCAGUUUGAGAAUCCAGUCGUAGAGGCCAAGAGGAAACUGGGUCUGGACACUGCAGUGGCGACACAAACCCAACAGAGGGCAGCACCUCCUCCAGGUGGAGCGGCUGGUACACCCGGAUUCACUCGGGACCCGACUCAGCUGAAGGGGGAGCUUUAUCACACGGCUCUCAGGAAGAGCCAGCAGGGCUUUGGCUUCACCAUCAUUGGAGGAGAUCGAUCCGAUGAGUUCCUGCAGGUGAAGAACGUCCUGUCUGAUGGCCCGGCCGCACAGGACAACAAGAUGGCCUCUGGUGAUGUUAUUGUGGAAAUCAACGGCACUCUUGUCUUGGGAAAGACUCAUGCAGAUGUAGUCCACAUGUUCCAGUGCAUUCCAAUUAACCAGUACGUGGACAUGGUGCUCUGCCGUGGAUACUCACUCCCUCCUGAUGUGGAUGCAGACAACGAGGACCUUCCACCUCCACCUCCACCUCCCACAGGAGAGAUCGUCACAGCCGUGCCCCUCAUCAACGGCCAGCCACUGCUAGUCAAAGGGGACGCCCUCCACGGCUCUUCCCAGGAGCUCCACUACGUCACCACAGAUGCCAGCGGGCGCCCAGUGGUCGCUGCUCUUCCUGCGAGCAGCGCUGCCAACGACCGACCAGAAACCGGGAUGCUACAGCCGGAGCUGGUGAGCGUGCCAAUCGUGAAGGGACCUGGAGGAUUCGGCUUCGCUAUUGCCGACUGUCCACUGGGGCAGAAGGUGAAAAUGAUCCUGGACGAGCAGUGGUGUAGAGGCCUGCUGAAGGGAGAUGUGAUAAAGGAGAUUAACAGGCAGAACGUGCAGACGCUGAGCCACGCACAGGUGGUGGAUAUACUGAAGGAUCUCCCGGUGGGCAGCGAGGUCAAUCUGCUGGUGUUAAGAGGAGGUCAGACAUCGCCUGUGAAGAGUUUAAGACCGCGAGCAGGGAUGAGUGCCAGCACUGAGACUCUGGACCGCUGCCAUGAUAUGAUGGCUCCCCAGGCUUUGACCUAUCAUUCAAACACACUGCCGUGUAGCUCUCCCAAACAAGACGCUUCCCUUCACUAUAGUAAACCCAAAGCCCUGCCGGAGAGCAUAGUACCUCAAUAUAAAGAGCUGGAUGUGUUCAUCAAGAGAGAUCAGGAGACAGGCUUUGGUUUUCGUGUGCUUGGAGGAGAAGGUGCAGAACAACCAGUGUACAUUGGAGCCAUCAUCCCCCAAGGGGCGGCAGAAAAGGAAGGCCGCCUGCGGGCUGGAGACGAGCUCAUUGGCAUCGAUGGCAUCACCGUGAAGGGUAAAUCUCACAAACAAGUCUUGGACCUGAUGACAAACGCAGCACGCAACGGACAAGUGCUGCUUUCAGUGCGCAGGAAGGUCAUUUUCCGAGAUGCCCUGGAGGAUGUUGGGAGUGGAGCGUUGACCCUUGUGAAUGGAUCACCUCGGCUUCCGCGGAUUCAGGUGCCAAGCGUCAAGGACCAGGAGUCGUUUGAAAUCACGCUUCAUCGCAGAGAUAACGAGGGCUUCGGCUUUGUCAUUCUCACCUCUAAGAGUAAACCGCCACCGGGAGUGUGUGUUUCAGUGAUUCCUCAUAAGAUCGGUCGAAUAAUCGAGGGCAGUCCGACUGACCGCUGUGGACUGCUGAAUGUGGGUGACCGUAUAUCCGCUGUGAACAGUCAGUCCAUUGUGGAGCUCUCCCACAACGACAUUGUUCAGCUCAUCAAAGACGCCGGAAACUCAGUCAUGCUCACUGUGGUUCCUGAGGACGAGUACAAAGGCCCGCCCUCAGGAGCCAGUUCAGCCAAACAAAGUCCAGCACCGCAGCACAAGAUCCUCAAAUCCACUCAGGACGAGAGGUAUAAUUUGGAUAUGGAUGAGAUCAGGGACGAGCUUACAUGGACGGAGUAUAAAUCGCUAAACAGACAAGAGUCCAAACAGGGCUGUAUUGCGGUUGAGCUGGAGCGUGGUCCUCGUGGUUUCGGCUUCAGUCUGAGAGGAGGAACGGAGUACAACAUGGGCCUCUACAUCCUGCGUCUGGCUGAGGACGGGCCUGCUUUACAGGACGGCAGGAUACAUGUAGGAGAUCAGGUUGUGGAGAUCAAUGGCGAACAGACACAAGGCAUCAGUCACACUAGAGCCAUUGAGCUGAUCCAAGCUGGAGGAAACAAAGUGCUGCUGUUACUGCGACCACAAGCCCUGCUGCCAGAGAACAGUUCUGCAGGAGAUGUUAUCCUUCCUGAUUCGCCGGGAUCCCACACUUCCAACAUUCCUCUCAGUUCUCAUCCAACAUCCGCCUCAGUGAAGAAGAGGACGGGCCUGACAGACGGCUCUUUAAAUCCCUCUAAAGACAGCAAGAAGGAGAAACACACCAAAACACCAAACACCAGCUCGUCCAGAGUCUCACAGCAGCCGAGGCGCAUCAAGAGUUGCUCGGCAGAGAAUCUCCUUGAUCUCGGAGAUACAGAGAAAUCCAAAAGCCCAAUCAAAGCCAAAGACAAAGCUCACAGCCACAAAGAAAAGCUUCAACAAAGCACUCGAGAGUCCCAGAAGAACAGAUCAUCCCGCCAGCACAGCCGCUCCGUCAGCCCUCAAAAGUCCAGGCGAGAACGUCAGGAAGUGGAAAUUGGCGAAACCCAGGAAAGUCACUUGGACCAAAGGAAAAGUGGCACAGAUAGGAGGAAAAAACGUGAGUCUGCGGUAAGGAAGCAAAAUGAAACUCAAGAGAGAGAAUCUGAGAGAAAAGUGAAGAGCAGAGAAGACGAAGAGGUCCAACGAAAAGGCGAAGCUGAACUUAAAGGCACCCAAAAGAAGAAAAAGCAGAGAAAUAUAGAGAUGCAAAAUGGAGACACCCUUAUAUCCCUAGACAGGAAAAGCAAACAAACAAAGGAUAAGGGAUCUUUGAGGGAUCAGAGGAAAGAAAACAAGAAGGAAAUGAUUAGAGACGGGAGCAAAAACAAAAGAAAAGGAAAUGAGAGUGAAAACAGGAAAGACGACAUUGACAGCACAGAUGCGGCUUCGCUCUUCACCAGAGCGAGUCUAGUGUUUGACCACCCAGGACCCUUAAAUGAAGGCCUUUGGAAGGAUCCAAGCUAUGUGCAAAUUCUCACUCACGAGGAAGUAAUGCGAGAUGUUUUCGAGUAGAUUGACGAGGGUUUGGAAGAGAAGGUUGUAAGACUAGAAAUAUAUGCUGGGAAUGCUUUUAGAAACGACACUGUAGUCUCGUUUGAUCAGCUGAUCAUUAAUGUCAGAUGUCAUUUAGUUUAUCAUUCAUUCAUUCAUUUUUAUUUCAGCUUAGUCCCUUUAUUAAUCUGGGUCGCCACAGUGGAAUAAACUGCCAACUUAUCCAGCAUAUGUUUUACGCAGCGGAUGCACCAUCCAGCUGCAACUCGCCACUGGGAAACAUCCAUACACACUUAAUCACACACAUACAAAACUAAGCUGAAAAUUGCUUCUUAGUAUUAAGCAAGCUGAUUUAUCCAUCUCAAGGUCUGUGCUUUGUUUCCUGAGUGAAUAUUGAGGUUUCAAACCGCCCCAGUGACUCUUACAUAUGCAUUCUUAUGUUAGUUCCGGAUUUCCGAGCAUAUGUUUUUGGUCUGAACACCUUGUUUUUACAGUGCUCAGUUUGAGAGUGUCACUGAUGUGAAGCAUCUUCUCUGGUCGCUGGUCAACAUGAGCUUCUCCUUCAAUUUAUUGAAACAUGUUUGUAAUCAACAAUCUCGCUGUUGCACAAACAGACUGAUUCAACACGAGGCUUCAUCCAAACCGCUUAAUCAUCUUGGACAAACAAUUUCUGAGGCUUCCCGCUCAAACGCAUGGAACUUGAUUUUAAUUUCCUUCAAAACUAAGGAUAAUGCAAUCCUUCCUUAUGCAACUUAAGGGAACCCGACGCAUCAAUCACCAAAAACAACAAUGCAAGUUUACGUUUUGCUCACAAACAGCACGUCCUUACCCCAAAGAAACGUCUUCUUUAUUUUUCUGCAUGCCGAUCACACAGACUCUUUGUUUUGUUGCAUGCCUUUUAGACCCGUGCAGUUUGUCUCUAAUGUUGUAAAUACUGGGCUUUACCAGGGACUUUCAGACUGUUUUUCUCUUUCUCUCUCUCUUCCACUUCUUUGACUCCCUGAUCUCCAAAUAUCCUAAUUGCAAAUGACCAGAAACUUGUGCUUUAAUAUACUAAGAACAAGAUCAAAUGUUUAUUUAUUGAAAAAAAAUGAUGUAUAUGAUUAGAUAUAUGUAGCUAUAAGAGAUUGUGACAUUGAUUUCGGUGUAGAGAUCCAGGCUCUUGCUAAGCAGCGUGGUAGUUUUACCUUGUAGCAACUGUUUUAUGACUCGUCACAAAACAAACGGUACAUGCAAAUGUAUUUUUUAAAUGUUCUAUGAAAGCAGAUUUAAUAUGGUAGAUAUUUAUUUUGUUUUAUUUUUCAAGAUGAGAGCAAGCAGUGCAAGCAAUUCAACCUCUCAGUUAGGAGGCCAUACUGUAUUUAAAUGCAGUCAAGCUUCGAUGUAUGUACUGUAUAUGGUUCAAUCCCAUGAUGGUUGUAAAGGGUCAUAUUUCACUUCAAAUUCAUAUUUUACAUUAGACAAAUGAGGCCUGUUUUAAAGAUUUUUUGAUUAUUAUUAUUAUAUUUAUGAGAGCUGGAAAUAUUCAUUAGUCUAAUUUAAAUAAAAAUAAACAAUUUAAAUAAAUUUGA